AUGGACUUGGAAACCGAUACCACACUCAAGCCUAUCGAUCAGGAUACGCGAGAUGCAUGCGACCUGGCGGAAUUCGGCCACGGCCAGAGCCUUGAACGGAAGUUCAAUAUUUGGAGCAUGCUAGCCUUGGCUUUCUGCGUUCUGGGGACAUGGUCAACAUUUGCACAGGAUCUCUCCGACGGUCUCGUCAAUGGUGGCCCGAUCUCUAUCCUAUGGGGUCUCGCCCUAGUAGCAUUCUGCAACACAUGCGUGGCUCUUUCUCUGGGAGAAAUCUGCAGUAGUAUGCCUACCGCGCUGGGCCAAGCCUAUUGGAUCUAUCGUCUUUGGGACACGCCCUUGGGGCGGUUCGUAUCGUACAUGUGUGCCUGGAUUAAUGUCUUUGGCUGGUGGACUCUGGCUGCAUCGCAGGUUGCCUUCAUGACCAAUUUCAUUCUCGGAAUGAAGGUCAUGUUUGAUGUCGAGUGGACUGGAGCAUCAACUGGAUGGCUGAAUUUUGUUGUUUACAUUGGAUGUGUUUUCAUUCUCACACUAAUUAAUGUCGUGGGAUGUCGGCGAGAGAAGUUUCUCCCCUGGCUGAACAACUUUGUGGGAGUGUGGUUCUUUGGCUUAUUCUUUGUCUUCUCCCUCGCUCUUUUGAUCUCCGUGGGAGCGAAAUCAGAUCUUGCCUACCAGCCAGCGUCUUUCGUCUUUGGCAAGUGGAUCAACCAAACCGGUUGGCCGGAUGGUGUGGUCUGGUUUAUUGGGUUGGUUCAAGCCGCCUAUGGUCUUACUGCUUUCGAUGCUGUGAUUCACAUGGUGGAGGAAAUCCCUGCGCCUCGCAAGAAUGCACCAAGGGUGAUUUACCUUGCCGUCUUCUCAGGCGCAGUCAGUGGUUUCAUCCUGAUGAUGGUGUGUCUUUUCUGCAUCCAAAAGGUGAAAUCAGUCAUCGACUCUCCAAGUGGCCUCCCAUUCAUGGAACUGGUCCAAGAAACCGUAGGCAGAGAUGGAGCUGCCGUACUCAUUGCCCUAUUCAUUCUCAAUGGCCUCGGCCAGGGUAUCAGUAUCCUGACUACCGCCUCGCGCCUGACCUGGGGCUUUGCUCGCGAUGGAGGAUUGCCAUUCAGUCGAUAUCUAUCUCAUGUCGAUCCCACCUGGAAAGCCCCAGUCCGAGCUCUCUGGUUCCAGGGCGGCCUGAUCGCCCUAGUGGGCAUUCUGUUCCUCUUCGCCGAGACUGUCCUAAACGCCAUCCUCAGCGUCAGUACCAUUGCUUUGACAAUCUCAUAUGGUCUGCCAAUUGCAACCGUCCUUAUGAUGGGCCGCGACAAACUUCCUCCCGGGGGACAGUUCCACCUUGGAAGAUUUGGUGCCCCUGCCAACUGGGUCAGUAUCAUUUACUGCUGCAUAACCACCGUGUUCUUCUUCUUCCCGAGCUCGCCCAAUCCAUCUGGGGGUGAUAUGAACUACGCAAUUGCCGUUUUUGGCGUGAUGCUUGUUAUUGCGAUGUCGUUCUGGUUCAUUCAAGGGAGCCGCACUUAUCUCAACACGGAGGAAUCACUCACUCAUGUUAUUCAAGCGCAGGAGGCGAUUGCCAAUGAACCUCCUGCGCCCACAACGAAGAAGGACUAA